AUGAUAGUUCUGAGUUGGAUCAUCAAUUCAGUCUCACUUGACAUUGGUUCUAGCAUCAUAUAUAUAGAUAAUGCUAAAGCAAUUUGGCUUGAUUUGCGUCACAUGUUUUCUCAAAAAAGUGGACCUAGAAUCUUUGAGCUUCAGAAGGAAUCAGCCUAUCUUGUACAAGUUCAAUUCUCUGUGGAGGCAUACUAUACAAAGUUCAAGGCUUUGGUUGAUGAAUUGGCUAACUACCAAUAUGUUCCUCUCUGUAAGUGUCCUUGCACUUGUGGAGCUCAAAGGAUCACUUCAGAUCUUAAUGAUCGUGAUCAAGUGAUGAGGUUCUUGAUGGAAUUAAAUGAUUCCUAUUCAGCUAUUAGAGGUCAAAUUCUACUAUAUGAGCCUUUGCUUGAUAUUAACGAGGUUCUCUCUUUGAUCUUGCAAGAGCAGAAACAAAGAAGCUUCAAGAAUGGUGAAUUCACUAGUCAAGUCACAACUUAUCCUAUUGAAGCCACAGCAUUAUAUUCCAAUGCAGGAUUUGGUCCAAAACACAGUCACAUUGGCAAAGGAAAUUCCAAGAAGGAAGGACCAAUUUGCACUCACUAUGGGAAAUCAGGGCAUGUAGUAAACAAAUGCUACAGGCUAUAUGGUUUUCCACCAGGAUUUAAGUUCAGAAACAAUUCCAUGGAAAACCAAGUAUCUUGCAAUUAG